GUCUCCCUAGUUUGCUAUUUUCUCAACGUAACACUUAAUAUAACUCCUUGCCGCCCAAGCUACAUACGGAUCGAGUAUUUUGUUUCCUUUUCCUUGAUCCUUGAUCCAAGGUCUUAAAUUUUGUUUCCUUUUCCUUGUGGUAUUAAAAUUCCACCUCGGAUCCCUUUCCUAUUGUUCAUUUGUUCCACAAGGUGGAAUCUCUCACCCCAGGAGCUCCCCAAUCCCGACCCGACAGAAUGGUGGAGAGGUUAGUCACGGUGACUCAGUCAGCAGAAUGGCAGUAGGCUCAUACACCCGUGCGCAUCAGAGGCCCAGCCUUAUUUCAGAUUCAGUGACCUCCACCCGGUCGUUGAGGGGAUUCGAACUUUGGUCCAUUGUUCCAAAUCUCCCACCACUUGACCAACUGAGCUACCUGUGCGGGUACCUCCGAUCCCUUUCCUAAAUUGCUAUAUAUAUACUCGUAUAUAGCUAAUAUUAUUUCAGCCGUCACAUACAUAUUUUGUACGAACCCUAAGUCUUGAUCAGAUGACGAGUACUUGUAGUGAUAACUUGUAUAUUAGCAAUGAACUACUCUUUGAGAUUCUGACUUGGUCAUCUCUCACGAGAGUAGAUAAAUGCAAGGCUUUGAGUAAGGAGGUGAAGGAUCUCAUUGACGAUUCAUGGUUCUUGCAAAACUACUGCCGCAAAACCAACAACGUCUUCGGCUACUUCCUUCAAACGUUCAAAGACCAUCGCUACGUGUCCACUUUCGUGUCCGUUGACCCGUCGAUAAAUCCGAAUAUUUCUCUCGAGUCCUUGAAAGACGACCUACGCAUCUUGGCAUCGUCUAAUCAUGGACUUUUGUGCUGUCGAAGGUACGACCGUGAUGUCAGGUCGUACCUUUAUUACGUUUGCAAGCCUUGUACUAGGCAGACGGUGUUGCUGCCUAGUCCGACCAAGAAGCUGGGACAACAUAUUGAGCAAGUUGCUUUGAUCGUCCUCAAAUCAAAUCCAUUGCAUUACAAAGUUAUCAGAUUCUCACCUGAUCGUCAUUCGCCGCCGGAAUGCAAUAGCUACGCAUCUGAGAUAUUUGAUUCUAAAAUUUGGGCGUGGAGGACGGUAGAUAACUUCGUGACAGAAUUCUGCACAAUAUUCGGAAACCAACAAUCCAUCUGCAUCGGUGACGUGGCAUAUUGGCUAUCCAACAAAGACACCAUUUUGGCAUUUGACUCAGCCACCGAAACUCACUCGGAAUUUCAACUGCCAAAAACAAUAACACAAAUUGACGGCGGAGGCGGCGUCGGCUACAUCAUUGGAAAGCAAAUUGUGGAGUACAAAGGAAAGCUCGGGCUUACGUGUCGGUGCAUCUUCAGGUCACCGUCUUCAUGUAAUCUGUUGUUGGUGUGGGUGCUAGAGGAUAGGAAGCGGUGGGAGUGGAGGUUAGAGCGAGUGGUGAGGAUCGAUGAGAACGAGAGAAAGUUGAUGGGGUGCAGCCUUGCGGAUGUGGAGCUUAUGGUUGGAUAUGAGACUCAAGUAUAUGAACAAGGUGGUUUCUUUUUUUAUAGUCCUCCUCUCCACGUCUUUCCUUUCCGGUCCGAUUUUGAGCCCGUAAAUCUUGAAGAUGGAUGCAUGCUUAGUUGCUUAGAUGAUAUUAUCCAGUUUUGAUCUAUUGUGUAUGAUGAUAACUAGUGUAACACCAAUUAAGUAAUUAGUAGUCAGGUAUGCUUUUCACAUUGUAUCUUUUAAUUAAUUUGUUGCAUGUACAAUGCUUUGCAAUAAAGCUCUAUUUCUAAUA